UACACCGGCGCGCGUACCGUUCCGUUCUGGAGAGGAAGACCAGUUGGCGAGGACGUGACGUCUAUCAAACUAUUCAACAUUCUUACGUUACGUUUCCCUGGACUUAUUUGCUAACUUACUAGUGAAUUCUCAUCAUUUAGGAUAUGAUCAAUAUCGACACAUUCUUUUGGGAGUGCUUUAUCGGAGUAUCUGGUAUUUUUUUAUUGGACAAUAGACGCUGAUAACGCGUUCAAUUUACAACUUCGGUCCCACUCGUAGACUUUGGCGUUGGUGGCUUGUAGUUGUACUUCGACCGGAGCUGAGCCUGAGGAAGCGGGGCUUCAUUGGACAUUGACGUCUUGAGUCUUGACUGGCAUUUUCACAUGAACAUGGUACUGUAACCAUUUUCAUGAUAAUCGGUCUUCAUAGCUUAGACUGUCAUCAUCAACAUGGAAGAAGAAUACGAGAUUGGAAGUGGAGGAAGUACACCUGUGCAAGAUGAAAGAGAGGACGGUUAUGAGGAAGGAGAAUAUGAAUCACCUGAUGAGGAAGAAGGUGAAGGAGAGGCUGGAGAAGUAGUAUCAGAUGCGGAAGAAGAGCAGGAGGAAAGACAAGUUAGCGAUGAAGAAUAUGAUGAGAGGAAGGUUGUAAGAGACGGAGAAGGUUAUGAUGACAGCCAACAUGAAGAGGGCACUCCACAGUAUCAAGAUGAGGGGUCCGAGGAAGGCGAGGAAGUCAAUGAACAGAGGUCAGAAGAUGGAUACGAGCAAGAUGAUAGAGAGCAUGAAGCAGUAGACUACUCUGAUGGAGAAGAAGAGCAUCACGUCGAAGAAAGGGAUGGUGCUGAAGAUGGACAGGAAGUAGAGGAAGGGGAAGAGUUAGAGGAGGGGGAGGAGAUUGAAGAAGGGGAAGAAGUUGAGGAAGGGGAACAGCUAGAAGAAGGGGAACAGCUAGAAGAAGGGGAACAUGAAGAAGGGGAACAUGAAGAGGGGGAACAUGAAGAAGAGGAAGAGGAAGCUGGAGAUCAUGAAGGGUAUAGAGAUGAUCAAAGUGAUGGUGAGCUUCCAUACGAAGAUGAGGAAGAGGAGGACAAAGGUUUAGAGCAGGUUAGCGAUGUAGAGCAAGUCAGUGAUGGGGAUUUAGAAGCCAGUGAUGAUGAGAGGAGAGUCGAGUCAAGGCAAGAGGGGGCUGAGGAGGAUGGUGGUUAUGUCCAGCAAAACACAAGCAAUGAAUAUGAACAGAUCCUUAGUGAUGAGGAACAACUCGAAGAUGACGAUGCGCAGCAAGGACAGGUUGAAAAGAAACAUGAUGACUUGUAUGAACAGAUGGAUGAUGAUGAGGAGGCUGAUUUUGAGGAUGCUCCAAUCCAGGACCAGAGACGGGUAGAAGAUGACAUUCCAGAAAUCGAGGCGCAAUUUAGUGACGAUGAAGACGAAGAUGAAGGCGAGAGAGAACCUCUUUAUGAAGAUGUUGAUGAGGACGCGGAGGAUGAACUCCAAAGGCAACAGCAGCAUCAUGGUCGGGAGGUUGUCUCCCCGGAGCAAGAAGGGGAGGAAAUCUUGGAAGAAGAAGUUGAGGCCGAGUACGAUGAGGACGGUGACCCCGAACCAGAAAUCAUCGAAGCUGGGGAUGAGGAACACUUGGAGAUGGAAGAAGAGGAAUGGGAGGAGAUUGUCGAUGAUGACGAUGAGGAUGCCGAAGUGGUGGAGGAGUACAUCGAGUAUGCAGAGGAAGAGGAGGAAGGAGGGGAGGGGGAAGAAAGACAAGUGAUGGAAGAAAUCACGGAAGAAGCGGAGGAGGGAGAGCAAGGAGAGAAGGAAGAAGAAGAGGCAAGGUUAUCUGGAGAAGAAGCAGAAGAAGAACAAGUGGAAGAGGAGGCCGAUGCUGUUGCUGAUGCCAGUAAUGACUUCAUGGCAGAACUACAAGGUGAAGCAAGUGAUGAUGAGGAUGAUGAUGUGAUAGGGAGAACUAAGACAAAGAGGAGAACUGUAGCCCAGGAUAGUGGUGAUGAAAGUGAAGAAGAGAAGGAAGAAGCUGUAGGUGAAUUAAUUGCAGAUAUCUUCGGUUCCAGUGAUGAAGAAGAAGAAUUUGAGGGUUUUGGUGCAGCAGAGUUGCAAGGACCAGCAAAGAAGAAGAAGAGCACAACCGUCUUAUCAAGUGACGACGAUGAUGACAAUGCUGAGAUGGAUGCCUCGGCGAUGGAAGAUGCGAUCCAGAAGAUCCGAGAUGAGCAGGAUGAUGAUGAGAUAGAGAAGAUUGAAGCGCCUGCUGGUCCUCCUCCUGGAGACUCUGAUUCAGAUGAAGGUCUAGAUAGCGGAAGAGGUGGAGCUGACUUUGUAUCUGACUUUGACAUGAUGCUGCAGAAAAAGAAGGAAGAGAAUAAAAUUAGACGACGGAAACGAAACAACGAUGACUUUAUCAACGAUAACGAUGACAUCAUUGUUGCUAUGAUCAAACAGAUGAAUGAAGUAGCUCAGGAGGAUCGUAGGUUAAAUAAUGCCAGAAAGGCUGCAACCAAAAAACUCAACAUGCUUCCAGCUGUCAUGUCACAGUUGAAAAAGUCAGACCUGCAGUUGUCUUUCUUAGAGUGUGGUGUACUGAGACCAAUGGCUGAAUGGUUGAAACCUCUUCCUGAUAAAAGUCUGCCUCAUCUCAGCAUUAGGGAAUCAUUUAUCAAGAUCUUACAAGGGUUUCCACCAAUUGACCAGCACAUGCUAAAGACAAGUGAAAUCGGCAAGGCUGUCAUGUGUCUGUACAGGCAUCCAAAGGAACUCCGUUACAUCAGAGAAAGAGCUGGCAAGAUCAUAAACGAGUGGUCAAGACCAAUUUUUGGAGUGGAAUCUAACUUCAGAUCAAUCUCUAAAGAAGACAGACAGAAAAGGGAUCUACAACAGUUAGCUGCUAAGAGGAGAAGAAUGAGUACUGAUGAUACUCCUGAGAAGAAGAAUAUAGAAACAGCAUUGGAAGGAGGAGAAGAGGGACUCCGUCCAGGUAUGAAGGGGUGGGUAGGCAGAGCAAGGGUUCCUCUCCCGUCUACCAAAGACUAUGUCGUCAGACCAAAGUGGAAUGUUGAGAGAGAAUUUUCUAAGGCAACCAAGAAAGUGACGAGACUGGACAAACACUCUCGUAAGAUGCAGAAUAUGAAGUCGGCGGUGCGAAACAAGAAUCCGCGAGCUGUCUCCAUCAGUAUCGAGGGGCGUGGCAUGUCUCUAUAGUUACCAUGGUUAUUAAAGGACAAGGCAUAUGAUGCAAUGGACAUGAUGGAGGCACACGGCUUAUCACUAUUAUAACAAUUGACAUUGGUGAGCUUUGGAGAUCAGUGAAAAUGUGAUCGUUAAACGGCCACGACACAGCAAAGAAUGAAAGAAAGUUGUGAAGGUUAAACACAAAUAUCCGUCUCCAUGCAUCGCCAGAGUUGUAUUUUUAUCAAGAUUGGAAUGUGAUGUUCAAUGAUACCUCAUCUAUCGUCAUCUGCAUUGCUUGGCAUCAUGAGUUGCUAUGACAACUAAAGAUGCGGAAGAGUGUUCACCUAUGUGGAGAAAGCAAGUCAGUAUAACAGGUCUUCUUCGUCCAUAGCAGGUUUAAGCUGCAUAUCCAACGUUCAACAAUUCAGAAAAAGCUUCACAAUCUUUUUUACAGCUCCUGAUACUCUGUAUUGCGAUAGUCUAAUCGUCAUAGGAAGCGAGGAUGAAGGCAGAGAUCCUAGCCUGUAAUUGCAGCCUGCCCAAGGGAUGUGCCUAUGUUUCUACAUGGACUGUGAAGCUAGCAACUGCACUAAGCAUUAGACUCUUUAAGCAGGAUUUCAACUAUUUAAGGAUGAUAUGAAACAGUGUAAACAGAGAGUCACUUUAAAUCGCACUCUGAAAACACAAUUUGAAUCAUUUUUUAGGAUGAAAAGAAGUACUGUACGCCAAUAUGCAAAUCUUUUCAUGCUUUUCUCCCUCUUCAGCAAUUUCACUAUUUUGGUUUGUUUAUGUUUUUUUUAUUUCAUUUUCAUCAGUGGUCAUAAAUAGGAGUGGAAAUGUUUUUGCUGAUGAAGCCCCAAACUUAAAAUGAAAACAAACAUUUUCGAUUAUGAAUUCUAAGUUAUAAAAGAAUGAAGGACAAUGAUUUCUCACUCAAUCCUUUAAGUAUCGUGUCAACUUUCUUUAUUAAAUAUCGUUGUUAUAAGCUACUGAAAUCCUUGUAUUAAGAGGGGAUUGGAGCAAACCUUUCCAUAGAAAUCACUGAUAAGGUACUUGAUGAAGUUGUUUUUAAUAACAUCAUGUAUCACAGUGCAUGGUCUGGGAUAGCUAAACAAUAAUCUUCCUCGAAAAAAAAAUGGAGGAAUGGAUAUGUCAUCUUAUACAUGAAUCUACUAGACAGACUCAGUUUCCAUUUACUUUUGCAAAUUCUUUAAACUCUUGAUGUUGUUUGGAAUUUGAAAGAAAAUAUAAGAAUGAACUGGAAAAUUGCCAGUUAAAGGCUGUGGGGAUUCAGACCUACAAAAUGUUGAUCAUUUCAAGGAACUACCCACAAAGCAUCUCUGAGACUUGGAAUCAAUGCAUGAAUGUUAAUCUAACUUUGCCAUCCACUGGUAAUCAAAAUGAAAUCCUUGAUUUUGAUUGGCUGUUGAGUAUUGUUACCAUGGUAGAUAUCAUCAGAUGACAAAGUUAUUAUAACAAUAGAUUUUAUGCGAUUGGGCCUAGAUUAUGCAAAGCGUGUGCCAUUUACCUAUUAUUAAUCAAAGAGAAAGUUUUAAAAUUUUAUAAGGAUGCUUGCAUUAAAAAAAACUUCUCUUUUCCUUUUUAGACUGAAGAGAUUCGACCAAGGCAAAGCUAAUGAAUGUCAGAUAUUUGACCAUAACUUUGCACAUUGCACAGUCUUCCUUUUUGUUGCAGCCAUCGGGUCUUUUUGGCGACAUUGCUCAUUGAGAUUACAUGGUAUAAGAUGUUAAGAGAGAAUGACCAGCAUUAUCUAAAUGAUGUAUUUAAAAAACUUGCUCUGCCUUACAUCUAUGUGUGUAUAUCAUCUGUAAUAAAAUUCAACAAAUAUGGUCAUAUUUCUAUAAUCAGGAAAGAUAGUAAAGCAGGUGGAAUAUGCAUUGUGAUUGAAUAUUUAUUUAAAAGAAUCCUCAAAGUCAACCACUUACCGGGGUACAUAGAACAAGUUGCUGGUAAUGUUAGUCUCAGAAUGCAUUCCAUGCUAUGUGUUUCUUUUUAGGCCAGUCAGCAUUAUUGUGAUUAACACCAACCUCCUUUGAGAAAGUUUGAGGAUGCUUGCAUUUCAAGAAACUUCUCUCUUUUCCUUUUCAAUAUCAAAAGUGAUGCAUAUGAUGUGUGUUUUUAUUUUUCUUGUUCACUAUCAAAAGUCAUGCACAUGUCAUUUGUGGAAUGAAGUUUCAGAUUGAACUCUUUGCUUAUGAAGAUGUCAGAUAGAAAGGUUGGACUGAGAUAUAGCCAAAAUGGAAUGAGACAAUGAUUCAUAAUUUCAUUCAAAUUUUGAAUUAUUAUGAUCCAGAGAGUUAUUUCAUCAGUUUUAUAAUUGUUAAUAAAAAAAAUUCUGACUAUUAUAGGAUCACAUUUAAUGAAUGUUAAAACAUUUGUAAGUUUUGAAACAGGAUACUUUUCUUUAUAAAUUGCAGUAUAGUUUGAUAAUAAAGUUAUAGUACCACAUGUUGUAUCAGUACCACAUAUACAUAAAAUAACCAACAUCAAACUUUCCCAACGCUCAUGAAGUUUGGCAGAGACCAUGGCUUGGGCAAGCAAAAGGCGUUUAUGUAUGAUAGGCAAAUAAUUUUUUUUUUGGGGGGGUGGGUGUUACUUUUCACAAAACUCUCCAGAAAUUUGCAACAUUGGGUAAGGUUUAUCAUUCCAUUGAGUGGAGAUUUUCCAGGGCGCUUUGGAACAUUUCAGGGACAAAAGUGCCCUGAGCCCCCAAGUAUUUUUUUCCCCUGAUGUGUUCAAACUUGCAUUGCCCUUGUAACAGCAAACUAUAGUAUAAACCAGGAAGGAAAAGUUGAUCAAGCCACUUCCUUGUGUUUUGACUUUGAACAUGAAAUAUUGCACAAAUUGAUUGGCCUUGCAAGAUACACCAUGAAUAAAAACUCCAUUUAGGUAGACAGAUUACCAGGGCGGUGUUUCAUAUAGAUUCACAACCAAAUUAUGAUCUUAUGCAUUAAUUAGCAUCAUUAAUUAAAAAUAUAUUUGAAUAUUGUGGUGCAAGUAACCAUCCACUUCUGGAGAUUUUGCCAUGGAUGCCAUGCAUGCCAAUCAAUCAAGCGAUCAAUAAUUGUCCCAAAACUAUUCAAACUUAUUUGUUUUAAUUGAUUAUGCUAAUUAAUGCAUAAAAUCACAAUUCAGGGGUACGUGCUACCCUAUCCUACAUGUAGAUAUGCAACUAAUUUUAUGGUGACUUCUGUUGCAUCCCAAAAUUUCUUGGACUUACGCCCAUUUAUUUGAUUGAUUUCUUUGCCUCUUAUGUGGUACAUACUACAUGUACAUGGUACAAUAGAUAUUCAACCCUCUUUGUAUAGGGUGUAUAAAAAAAAGAAACCCAAAUGUAAUUCAUUUUUCUGAGAAAAUUUUUCACAAUCUGUAAUAAUCAUAAUUGUGUAACUUGUACCAUAUUGGAAUGAUACAUUGAUAAGGGUACCGGUUCCAUGACAUUUGCUCCGGCAACAAUUGCUCAGAUGGAAAAUCUGCACAUUAAGCAAAACAUAAAACCUAACCUCCAAUAAACCCUAAUCCUAAUCUUUACAUUAUUCUGAAACAAAAAAUUUAAAUCUUAUGCCUUCUGGGAUAUCAAGACCGGAGCAAUUGUUGCAGGAGCAAAUGUCGUGUCACCAGGGUACCAGCAGCAUGAAUCUAUGAGCACCACUGAUCAGAAACCAUACAGAAAUGGGAGUGAAUCAAAUUCAUGCCAUUUACAUUGGACACAAAAACAUUCAAAAAUGAAAAACUGAACAAAAUUGAUCACUUUUGAAUAACGUUGGUUUUUUUAUCUGAGAAUCUACUAUAAACUCUUGCAUUAUUCAUAGGCUCAGUCUGAGGAAGUGAACCAACUCUUAAUUUGUCCCACUUAUUCUUUUACAGUGUCGUAUGAUGCAUGGUCCUGGAAACAUAACCGUGGUAUCUUUAGAAUGUAGAUUGUACUUAGCAGAAAUAUGAGUUUAGUCAUCCCUAAAUCUGAAGUAAGUAUAGUGCACCUGGGAAUAGAUUAUUUCUAGAUUGUUGCAGGAGCAAAUGUCGUGUCACCAGGGUACCAGCAGCAUGAAUCUAUGAGCACCACUGAUCAGAAACCAUACAGAAAUGGGAGUGAAUCAAAUUCAUGCCAUUUACAUUGGACACAAAAACAUUCAAAAAUGAAAAACUGAACAAAAUUGAUCACUUUUGAAUAACGUUGGUUUUUUUAUCUGAGAAUCUACUAUAAACUCUUGCAUUAUUCAUAGGCUCAGUCUGAGGAAGUGAACCAACUCUUAAUUUGUCCCACUUAUUCUUUUACAGUGUCGUAUGAUGCAUGGUCCUGGAAACAUAACCGUGGUAUCUUUAGAAUGUAGAUUGUACUUAGCAGAAAUAUGAGUUUAGUCAUCCCUAAAUCUGAAGUAAGUAUAGUGCACCUGGGAAUAGAUUAUUUCUAGAUUGAUGGCACUUUAUAAAUGUCUAUUAUUAUUUUUAUGAUUAAUUUUCUCAUUAAAAGAUAUAAAUGUUGGGUUUCCUAUUUUGUAUACACAGUUUAAGUCAUCACUAUGUGGAAAAAGUAAGAUUUGGUUUAAAACCUGCCGUUCAAUAAAUCUUAGCAAAUGGUCUCUUAUAUUAUGUACUUUCCAGCUUAUUCUAUUAAACAAUAUUUGAUGCAUAUGUAUGAAUAUAAUUCAGUACACAUAACAAGUUCUGCUGGUAUUUCUUGAAAAAGAGGAGUUGUUUUGUUAAUUUGAUUUUGUAUCCUUUGACACCCUGAAAUAUGGAAAAUAAAAGAUAGGUAUCGUCUAGUCUGCAGGCACAGACCCUGAUUGAAACUUUGAUUAACCAGUGGGUCUCCACGCAAAAACUAGCACAUACAAAACUUGCUGUUUCAAUUGUGCGAGAGGGUCUUCAGUACACAAGGUAUUAAUAGGCAGCACAUUCAGACCCUAACUCGAGUGAAGGGUUUGCACAGCAGACUAGGUAUUGUCUGAAAUUCAGAUGGUGGUACUCUUAAUAAAAACUUUGUUGAAUUUGAUUUGGUCAUUCCACUUGAAGAGCGAUAUAAUCAUGCUAAAUUAAAGCUAGAUUCAUGUUUUAUUUAUGUUGUGAAUUGUUUGAUUCCUGUGAAGGCGAUGGAUAUAUGUACCGUAAAUGUGAUUAAUUGUACAGUUCCUGUGAUCCUAACAUUUCUGAAUAAAUCAAAUACUUGUUCAUA